CGAGGAAACCAGACAAGGAGCAUGCGUGUCGGGCAGUGCAAGCUAAUUGGCGUCCAAGUCAGGUCCCACAGACCGGCUCGGGCCUCUUUGGUUCAAUGUUCUCCCGGGAGUCAGGCCCUUGAGCGCUCCUGGGGAAGGGGAGAAUGACGCAGUCGGCCAGGAACCGCCGCGGCGCCGGAGCAUCCGAUGCUGCCUCUUCCAAGGCGGGGGCGAGCACCGGUGGCACCAGUCGGAAGGAGGGCCGCGCGGCAGGGUCCACCAGUGGGAUGGCGGCCUGGGCGCUGCCCCUGCUGUCCGGGCUGGUGGGACUCUCCGUGGCGGAGGCUCUCCGGAAGCCCGGGGGCCUCUUCGGCAUGCCCCUGGCCGCCCUCAUCUCAGGCUACGCGUACGGCCCCGUGGGCGGAGACCUCGAGCGCUGGCUGUGGCAGCAUGGUGGGUGGCCAAACGCGUACGUCGCCCCCGUGGCCAAUGGCGGCCGAGGGCUCGUGGCUGCAUUCGACCUCAGCCCCGGCGAUCAGGUGCUGUACGUGCCGAAGCAUCUGCACCUGCGGCUUCCCGGCUCCUGGGAGAGGCGGGCCCGGAUCCCAGGCGAGUCCGAGGGCGACGCCAAGAACGACGGCGAGUCUCACGCCCUCGGCUCCCUCUCGCAGAGGCUGCUCGAGGAGGGGCGGAUGAUGAACGAGUCCAAGUGGGGCCCCUACCUCCGGAGGGUGCUGCAGCCCGCGGACGGCCCCCCAACCUUCAACCUGCUCAUGUGGCCACGGGAGGCCGCCAACCUCGGUAGGAUGCUGGUGCCGCAUUACGUGAGGAAGCUGGACACGGCGCUGCUGCAGUCAGACUCUGUGGAGUUCCGCUCGUCGCUGCGGCACACCACCUCGCGCUUUCAUGGUGGAAAUGUGACAAUGGGAGACAUCUACGUGGUUCCCAUGGUCGACUUCAUAAACCACGCGACCCCGAAGGAGGCGAAGGCCAAGGUCAAAAUUGCCGGCACAAGCGGCAUGGUUGUGGAGGCCUUGUCGCACAUCAGUGCUGGCGAGGAAGUGACCAUCACCUACGGCGAGCUGCCCAAUGCGCACCUGCUGGUAGCCUACGGCUUCAGCCUGGCUCAGAACGGCAUGGGCUCUCAGGUCUUCUUCGUCGACCCGCUCUCGGAUGGCGGCGACAGCGACUGCAAGUGGCUGCUGCAGCACUUGGCCCCAGAAGGCAAUCUGUACCUGUCCGACAUGAACAGCCAAGUCUCUGAGGAGGGCUGGGCUUCCUGCCUUCGCGGGGUCCAGGUCCAAGAGGAUCCCGACCAUGGGCAGAAGCGCUACCCCGUGCCGCUCGGCGAGGCAUGCCGCAGCAGGGCGGCCUCCAUCCUCGCCGCACUUGAAGACGUCGCCCAGGUGCUCGAGCGCCAGGUCUGGACUCCGCACGAGGCGUCCGUGCUGGGGCAGCUCCAGGAGGUUGCCGGGACCGAGCUCCGGGCCAUCCAGCUCUGCGCGGGCGAUGCCAGGACCUGAGCUGCGGCUGCGCCGGGCGUGCAGCGCGGCGUCCGAGUCCUUCUCGUCCGCGCUUCUGCCAAGAGACCCUCAGGGAACCGCGCGACCGUCGGCGCGACGUGCCUGAUUCAAUAUUCUAAGUGAAUACUCUCCCAAACCCGUGCUGUCCUGGUGCUCGGGACCGAUUAUUCGCGCUUCGCGGUUCGGCUCCGAUCCCUCAUCCUCCUCUUCUCCCCUGGGAGAAGGCGCGAGAGCGCGAAGUUAUUCGCACUUCGCGCAUCGCGCCUCCUCCCCCUCCUCCUCCUACGGCUCACUGGAGUCGAGGCUCUUUAGCUAUAUAGGUAGCUAGAUCGUGAGCGAUUCGCCUUGCCUUGGCGUUUUUUCUCGAGGCUCUUCGCUUGCCCGCAGAGACAACGUCGCGAUGUUGUUCCCUCCCCCUCCUCCUCUCCCCCUGCCCUCGCCCAGCAGCUCUGAGGCCGCGCGCCCGCGCGAGAAAUCCUGCAGGCUGUCCAGCGCGCGGCGUUCCCGCCGUCGCCCGCCGAUUUUUUGCUGUUUUCCCCCUCCCCCUCCUCCUCCCUCCUCCCUCCUCCUCCUCCUCCUUUUGACCUGCUGAGCCUAAGGUCUUGGUUCAGCUGCCACCGCGUUUCACCACGAGAGUUCUUUAUCGCGCAUCUUUGUUACCCGAUGUGGUUGUACAGUUAUCUUGGCUAUUUGUAUACUUCUAAUGUCCACGCUAGCCGGGUGGACGCCGGCGUGUCGCCACUUCGGGGGUAUACUCCCCUCGUGAGAAAGCGCGAAGUUGGGAGCCCUUGUGGAAGCGGCGAUGCAUCGCCGACGGCCGCCAUGAAGCAGGCCCGAGGCGCCUCGAGGAGCGACGGGCCCCGCUCCCGCGCGGGCAGGGCGCCGGUGCGGGGACCGCGCUGGGGCCUCGGGAGGGGGUGCGCGCCUUCGGGCCGCCGCAUCCGAGAUCCAGGCCGUGGAGCCCCCCUCUCCGUGGCCCCGGGCCGCCGACGGCCAGAGAGGCCCUCGGCGGCAAGCGAGGGCGAGAGGGCCUUCCCAGA